AUGAUUUAUAGUAAUAAUCUGUAUUUGUGUGAAUAUUCUGUGUGUCGUUUGAGUUCCGGAGUGGGUACCGAUGCUCACUACCAACAGACGAAGGGACAAGGUCAGAGAGCUUACUCCUGUGACCCAGACAAUACCGUAACAGUUACUGGGUUCACUGCUGGAACAAAUUUUUUUGCCAAGCAAGGUGCAACAACGUGUACCUCAACCCUUGAUAGUGAUAAUACCACGCUAACAAUAACAAAUUGCAAAAAGGAUUCGGAAAUACUGGUCACAUAUGGCUCCUACGCAGACAUGGAGACAAACGCUCUACAUGGCGGUACAACUGUGAAUGCGUUUAAAAUAACAUGUAACGAGAUUGCUGCAACUGGUGUCAACCAUACCAUCACAAAUGCAUUUACAGCCAGUCUGUCCAUUGAUGCAACCCCUUCUACUCAACCGACAUAUUCUGUGACGUCAACUCUAACUCCAUCCUCUGUAACUGUUGGCGACCCCGUCACCUGGACAAUAUCUUAUCCAAGUGUUUACAGUCUGAAAAUUGUUAGCUGUAGUGCAUAUGCUGGUACAAAUGCGACUGGUACAGCCCUCUCUUUGAUUUCUGCUGGAGGGUGUUCCUUAUCCGAACAACUAGUAUCAGACUUCAAUGACAGCGGUUCAUCUGCGGUAGCAACACUAGAAGCUUUCAAAUUUUACUCGGUGAAUCAUGUAUUCUUGACGUGUAAUGUCAAAGUUUGUCCCGCAGCUGGUGCGGCAAACUGUGCUGUCAACAAAAUCAGACUAUACAUUGAAAUGAAUUGUAACAGAUAAUGAGAAGGAAGCUGAUUCUACCAUUGCCGCCAUUACAGACCUAGAUCCAACAGCACAUCGGAACUUUGCAAGAAUCUAAAGAAAA